AUGUACUGCCCGCAAAAACACAUUCCUGCUUCGUCCCUGGCGGUCAUGCCGGCCAAGGCCAGGCCGCAUGCAGUGGCGCGCCGCGGCCUUGAGGACAGGCCCGGCCAUGAGGCGCCCGUCCUCUCGGCUGUCUCUGUCUCGUCUGCCGUCCUGCUCACCAACCAGCCUCCGGGCCCACUGCGCUGUUGUUGCGGGCAAAUGGAAUGCCUCUUGCUCAGACACAACUGCUCGGUGCUCGAAAGUGUCGAAAACGAUGUCCGCAUCGCGGCAAAGCUAGGACAGUCCCUUCUUGAACGCCACGAAGCGUAUCUUGCCGAUGCUGAGCGCGACCGUGCCGAGCUCCUCAAGCGCAUCGACCAGCUCGAGAUGGACAAGAAGGAGCUCGAGGCCGAAAAUGCGCGCAAGAUCGAGGAAAACCGCGCUCUGCUCGACCAGCUGGAGGCACUCAACUCCAACGUCACCGACUCGGACACUCGGCUCAAGCUGCUCGAAGCCACCCUGCAGUCCUCGCAGCAGAUCAUCCGCCGGCUUGAAGGUGCUGCAGGACGAGCUGAUGACAUGGAAAGACACCUCGCCGCCCUCGAGGCCGAGCAGGCCCUCCUGCAGAGCACCCUGGUAGCCUCCGAGUCCGAAGCCCGAUCGGCUAUCCAGCGAUGGAAGAGGGCCGAGCGCGGCAUCGCCGACCUGCAAGACCAGCUGGAGCGGAUGGAAAGGGAGACCAAGCAGGAGAAGGAGCGCCAUAUGGAAGUCAUGGGCCGCGUCGAGCGGCAGCGAGCCGUGGAGAAGGAACUCAGCACGGCAGCCGGACGACUGAAGGGUGCAGCGGCUGCCAAAUCGCUGCAGGACAACAACAAGGCUGGUGGAAGCGGCGUGGUGUCCCAUUUUGUCCGCGACCUGCUUCAGGACAAUGCGAGCAUGCAGCUGGGCAUGGCCGAGCUGCGCGAGAUGCUCAUCAACUCCAACGACGAGAUUCAGCAGCUGCGUGAUCAGCUGAUGUACCACCAGCCUCUCACAGACGACAACCCUGGAGCCGCUUCGACCCUGCGAGCGGAGCUGGAGGACAUGACGCCCGACAGUCCGGAAACCCCAGAGAGGAUCGCGAGCCCACGAACCCCUCGGCCGACUCGCCACGUCUCGGCUCUGUCACAGGAACUGCACAUCCACCACCACCACCAUGUCAGCAAGAAGAGGGCCGAACCACUGCGACCCAAGAAGAAACGCUUGGGCCUGUCGCCCCAUGUGUUCACGCCACCCGCCCCGAUUGCAACCACCCAGCUGUCGCGGACGGUGGGCCUCAACCACGAAUCGGCCUCCACGAGCAGCCCGUCUCGCAGCUCGUCUCGUCACAUGAGCAGGGAUUCUGUAUCCACCACCUUUUCGGGCCCAUCCAACAGGUGGUCCGGAUUCUCUGACCGGCCGUCCGACUUCUCUCCGUCGUCGGUUCCGAGCUCACCGCGGACGUACCGACGCAGCUCUAUUUUCGACCGCGUCGCCAUUCCUGAUAUAUCUCUCCCGACUUCGCCGGCGACGAGUGCUGACCCGAUGUCUCCAUCCUGGCGGCCGAAGGGCUGCCGAAUCGCGACACUGGACGACUCCCUGGCCUACGGAUCCUCCCCGCCCACUCGGAUGUCGGGGCACGGCUUGGCUGUCAUUGAAGAUGAUGAGGAUGACUCCUCCGAAGACGUUUCCGAUUUCACGUCGAACGCGUCUAUCCGUUCCCAGGCGACCACACCGAUGCGGAUGCCAGAUGCUUCGCUCCUUGACAUCAUCAUCCCCGAGGAAGGUUGCGACAUGCACAACGAGACGGAUCUGUUACCUCCUAUCAAGCUACAGAAUGGGCGUCGGACGCGGCAUCGGACCCUGUCCCAGGAGUCCAUCGUCUCGCUGAAAGGCGGCCUGGACAUUCACACGCUCAAGACGCGCCCUAGCCAGCUCACGUUGCGACCGCUGGGGACAUACGGAAGCUCGUUGGCCAACACAGGUAUCAGCUCCGUCACCGCACGGCCCAUCAUCUCGAAAGGCCGUCCUAGCACAUCGAGGAGCAACACGAUGCUUCUUGACAGUCUCUACAGCGGUCUGCCGACUCCCAGGUCAAGGGUGGCAUCGAGCUCGCUUGCCCCUGGCACGACUAACGGCGCGGCAACAUUGACGGGAGCUCGGAGACUCAGCAAGCUUGUUGGGUGGAGGCCGUGGAACGGCGGUGGUGUCGCAUCCUCCGCAUCCAACUCGUCAUCUACGGCGGCAUCAGCGGCGACUGCGGAGCCUACGGGCGCCACCGUAUCUGUGGCAGCAUCAGAGACAGGCAGCCAGAGCGAGAUCAGCACCAGUGGCCACAGUGAAGCGGAAACUGCCGUCAGCAACGGUGACAGCAACAGCAGCAAGAAGAAACUAGACAGCAAGGCAAAAAGCAGUCAUACCUCACUCGGCAAGUCGCUACAGGACAUGCUGCGUGCCCCAGGCAUCAACCAGCCAGGUCCAGUUCCUGGCUUCUUUGAGUACUGGACAACCCACCAAGCACGAGGGGUUCCCAGCAACGUACACCCAGAUGAUGUCGAUCACGAGGCCUUGCGGGACGGCCUAGAAAACCAGUGA